GUCAGUGGACAUUCUGCGGAUACGAUCGAUUUAAACGAAAGUAUAACCAAUAGUGAAACAAAACAGCACUCAUUAUGGCAUUAUAUCUUUCCAUGUUCACUUGUUCCGUCAAGUCAACAACCUCAAUUACGAAUGGCUACAGCCCUCAUGAUAUUUCAACAGUUAACUGGUGUAAAUGCUAUCCUCUUUUUUGCUGAAUCAGUUUGUCUCAUUGGAAAUGCAAAAUCACCUCCUAUUUGUGCUUUUUCUAUAGGCUUUUUUCAAAUGAUAUUCACUAUUUUAGCAGCUUUUGUUAUCAAUCACGUGCGUCGAAAAACGUUGCUUCAGUUUAGUGCCUUUAUCAUGGUUAUAGCUUUACUAGCCUACAGCAUUACAAUUUCUGCUUAUUCAUACAUUGAUGAACUUGGUCAGUUUUGGAUUAUUUUAUUUAUGUUUGGUUAUUCAUUUGGCUGGGGACCAUUACCAGUACUUAUUAGCAUGGAAUUAUUUCCAGUUAGUAGUCGUGGAAAUGCUGUCAGUGCUGCUAUCGCUAUCAAUUGGAUCUUUGCUUUUAUAAUAACAGAACUAUUUGAAAUAACUGGUAAUUUAAUUAAUCCUGCCAUAGUAUUUGUCAUAUUUUCUAUAUGCUGUUUAAUAUCUAUGGUUUAUGUUCAUAAAUAUUUGCCAGAAACUAGCGAUGAAUCAAAUGGAUCAACAUUAGAUACUAUUUCAUCAUUAUCGUAUAAAUCACAAUUAAGUGCCUAAUGAGAAAGUAUUUUCUAUAAUUUCUAAUACAAACACUAAUUAUUACUGUUUUUGAUAUUUGUUUCCUUAGAAACCAUAUUUUUUUCACAUUAUUUUAAUUUUUUUCUCGUAAGAGUCAAGUCUCCCUUGACUUGUUCUUUUUUAUCGCUUUCUCUCGUAUAAUUGGUGUUCUCGUUUAUAUGUGUAUAUGCCUGAUUCAGAAAGAUUAAUAUUUCCCUAUUCCACUUACACACUACUCAUGCUUCAUUAUGUGUUGCAUAAGUACACUUUCCUUUUUUUUUGUUUGUAGAUCAUGACAAACUUAUUUUUUAAAAAAAUAAUGUCGAUAUUUGUUUUAUGUUUUGUUUGUUUUUUUUGUUUUUUUUUCACAACAAAUGUUACGUAAUAUUUGUUUCAAUAGUUUUGAUUUUUCACUGAGUGAUUAAAAUAUGAUUUGUUGCUAUGGUUGAUUUUGUUACCUAAAUACCCAGGUAAAUGGUGAAAAGUUAUCAUUAUUAUUAUUAUUAUUAUUUGUGAUUAUUAUUAUUAAUGGCUUUAUUCAAUAUUAUAUUUUGGUACAAUAUAAAAUUCUCAGCACAGGGUAUUUUAGCAAGUUACUUGCGCAAAAAAAACCGUGACAAAGACAAAAAAAGGGAGAAAAAGGUUAAAAGAAAACCCGAAAAACUGUACAACUCUUCAAAUUAGAGACAUGUUAAGAAUGCAGGUUAUUGACUAGGUUAACUCUAACAACCUUUACGUCACAGAGUAUAUUUGCUAGGUAAGGUAUUAUCGAGUUAUUUAUUCAUUCUUUUGUUUUUAAAUAAUAAUUCAUUUGUUUAUCAGUUAAUGUUUUUAUUAAUGAUAAUUGCUUCUUAGUAUAUUCUACAUCUUAUUAAUUUUUGUACAUGAAAUAUGAAUUGAGAAUUUUUUUUCAAGUGGUACCAAUGGGAUAUUGGUUAUUUGUUCUAAUUUUAUGUCAUAAAGAAAUUGUUUUCAAUGUGGUGUUUUAUUGUGUUACAUUUUAAGAUAAUGAAUGAAUAUUUGAAUAAGAAGUUGUCUUGUAGAUGUAUUUGUUGUUGAUGAAAUUGUUCGUUUUUUUUUUGGUGGUCAUCAUUGUGUAACAUUUAGAAAAAAUAUCAUAAUUAGAUUGACGGGAUUUCUAGGUAAAAUCUAUCAAAUGUAUCCGUGGUAGACUAAAAACAUUUCAAUAUUUUCUAUAAUGAUCAGUAUGAAGUUCUGGGAGAUUUUAUUUAGAUCACGUCCCGAUCUAAGUAAAACAACCACUAGAAAGCUGGAAACACUGGGCGAUCACUUCGUUUCAGUAGGAGAGUUUUCAGUCGUGCCCAUCUUCAACUUCUCAAGGAGGAAUAAUAGAAAUCAGUACCUCACGUUCGAAAGCUUAAUCUCUAUACCACUAGUGUGAUAGUCUAACUUCAAUCAAUCCACGAUAUUGUGAAAACACCUUCACUAAUAUAUACUUCAAAUCAAUAAAUU